AUGACCGCCAACAUCGACGGAGCCGAGCCAAUGGCUGCUCCAGGCCAUCAGAAUGUCACCAACCUGCCACCGUCCGCCGCCCCGAGCGGCGUGGUAUCCCACACCCCCGACACCGGUGUUGCUCAGCACCGGCCGGACGAGAUCGAAGAGGUGGACCAGAUUCUCGACUCGGAGUCCGUCACAUCGGCCCAAACGAACCUCACGCGCAGCCACACCCGCACGAUGAUCCACGAGCACGACCGCGAUGCCAUCCGCCGUGUUGCCACGGCCAUGUCAUUCUCCGGCGAGCAUGGCCAAGCCGGCCAGACAUUUACAGCGGGCGACGACGCCCUCAACCCCAACAGCCCCAAUUUCGACAUCUCCAAGUGGCUCGGCAAGUUCAUCCGCUCCAUGCGCGGCGAGGGCAUCGACAGUGCACGUGCGCGGCCCGGCAUCGUGUUCAAGAACCUGUCCGUCUCCGGCAGUGCCCCCGACCUGCAGGUGCAGCAGACCGUGGCUUCGACCCUCCUGUCGUCGCUGUCCCUGCCGCUGCGCAUCGGCGAGGCCGUCGGCCUGCGCAAGAGCGCACCCAACAAGCAGAUCCUGCACAAGUUCAACGGCGUCGUCGCGCCCGGCGAGCUGCUGGUCGUGCUGGGCCGCCCUGGCUCCGGCUGCAGCACGCUGCUCAAGUCCAUGUGCGGCGAGCUGCACGGCCUGCACAUUGACGAGGGCUCGACCAUCCACUACAGCGGCAUUCCGCAGCCCAAGAUGGUGAAGGAGUUCCGCGGCGAGACCAUCUACAACCAGGAGGUCGACAAGCACUUCCCCGAGCUGACCGUCGGCCAGACGCUCGAGUUCGCCGCCCAGGUCCGCAUGCCCUCGCACAAGUGGUCCUUUGUCAACCCCAACAUGACCCGCAACCAGGUCGCCAAGUACGCCGCCCAGGUCGUCAUGGCCGUCUGCGGCCUCAGCCACACCUACAACACCAAGGUCGGCAACGAGUUUGUGCGCGGCGUGUCGGGCGGCGAGCGCAAGCGUGUCAGCAUUGCCGAGAUGAUGGUCGUGGGCAGCCCCUUCAUGGCCUGGGACAACAGCACGCGCGGCCUCGACUCGGCCACCGCCCUCAAGUUCGUGCAGACCCUGCGCAUCGCCAGCGACCUGGCCCGCACCUGCAACGCCGUCGCCAUCUACCAGGCCAGCGAGAGCAUCUACGAGCUGUUUGACAAGGCGACCGUCCUCUACGAGGGCCGCCAGAUCUACUUUGGUCCGGCCAGCGGCGCCAAGGCGUACUUUGAGGGCCUCGGCUAUGCCUGCCCCACGCGCCAGACCACCGGCGACUUCCUGACCUCCGUCACCAACCCCGUCGAGCGCAAGGCCAAGCCCGGCAUGGAGGACAAGGUGCCGCGCACCGCCGAGGAGUUUGAGGCGUGCUGGCUCAAGUCCGCCGAGUACGAGGCCAUGCUGGCCGGCGUCGCCGAGCACGAGGCCGCGUACCCGCUCGACGCGCAUGGCCAGAACGUGUCGGCCAUGCGCGAGGUGAAGAAGGAGAAGCAGGCCAACCACGUCCGCCCCAAGUCGCCCUACAUCAUCAGCACCGGCAUGCAGAUCAAGCUCAACACCAAGCGCGAGUACCAGCGCCUCUGGAACGACAAGGCUCCCACCAUCACCACUGCCGUCACCUGCAUCGUCCUCGCGCUCAUCAUCGGCUCCAUCGUCUACGGCACCCCCGACGCCACUGCCGGCUUCUUCUCCAAGUCCUCCGCCCUCUUCAUGGCCGUCCUGCUCAACGCCCUCGUCACGCUCACGGAAAUCAACAGCCUGUACGCCCAGCGCCCCAUUGUCGAAAAGCACGCGUCGUACGCCUUUUACCACCCGGCCACAAACGCCAUUGCCGGCGUCGUCGCUGACAUCCCCAUCAAGUUCAUCAUCGCCACCUGCUUCAACAUUGUGCUCUACUUCAUGGCCGGUCUGCGGCGCGAGCCCGCACAGUUUUUUAUCUACUUCCUCUUCACGUACACCGCCACCUUCACCAUGUCGGCCAUCUUCCGGACCAUGGCGGCCAUGACGCGCACCAUCUCGCAGGCCAUGUCGCUCGCUGGUAUUGUCGUGCUCGGCUUGGUCAUGUACACGGGCUUCGUGAUCACGGUGCCGACGAUGCACCCGUGGUUCGCCUGGAUCCGCUGGAUCAACCCCAUCUACUACGCCUUUGAAGCCCUCAUCGCCAACGAAUUCCACGGCCGCCAGUUCGUGUGCUCCGUCAUCAUCCCCGGCUACUCGCCGCCCAUUGGCAACUCGUGGAUCUGCAACACUGUCGGCUCCGUCGCCGGCCAGGACUUUGUGAGCGGCGACGCCUACAUUGCCGAGUCCUUUGGCUACCACUACUCGCACGUCUGGCGCAACUUUGGCAUCAUGAUCGCCUUCCUCAUCUUCUUUAUGGGCCUUUACUUUGCCGCCACCGAGAUCAACAGCGUUCCGACGAGCGAGGGCGAGAUGCUCGUCUACCAAAAGGGCCGCAUCCCGCCGCACCUGCUCAAGGGCGCGUCGCGCGGCCCCAGCUCGGGCGCCGGCUCCGACACGAAUAAUACGAAAGUCGUCGGCAGCGGUGCGACGAAGAGCACGUCGGGCUCGUCGUAUGCGACCGGCGACGUGGAAAACGCAGCGCGCGUCGGCGACGCCGGCGAGAAGCCCCAGGCGCCCGAGCCCGCCGCCGACAACGAGGUACACGGCAUCCCGCCGCAAAAGGACAUAUUCACCUGGAAGAACGUCGUCUACGACAUCGAGGUCAAGGGCAAAGAGCGCCGCCUGCUCGACCAUGUCUCUGGUUGGGUCAAGCCGGGGACGCUGACGGCCCUGAUGGGCGUCAGCGGUGCCGGCAAGACGACCCUGCUCGACGUGCUGGCCGAGCGCACCACCAUGGGCGUAAUCACCGGCGACAUGUUUGUCAACGGCUCACCGCGCGGCACGAACUUCCAGCGCAACACGGGCUAUGUCCAGCAGCAGGAUCUGCACCUCGAAACCGCCACCGUGCGGGAGAGUCUGCGGUUCAGCGCCAUGCUGCGCCAGCCCAAGACGGUCAGCAAGCAGGAAAAGUACGCCUUUGUCGAGGAGGUCAUCCAGAUGCUCAACAUGGAGGAUUUCGCCGACGCCGUCGUCGGCGUGCCCGGCGAGGGCUUGAAUGUCGAGCAGCGCAAGCUGCUGACCAUUGGCGUCGAGCUGGCGGCCAAGCCAAAGCUGCUGCUGUUCUUGGACGAGCCCACGAGCGGUCUCGAUUCCCAGAGCUCCUGGGCGAUUUGCAACUUCUUGCGCAAGCUGGCCGACGCCGGCCAGGCCGUGCUCUGCACAAUCCACCAGCCGAGCGCCGUCCUGUUUGAGCAGUUUGACCGUCUCCUGUUUCUGGCGGCCGGCGGCAAGACGGUCUACUUUGGCGAGGUCGGCCACGACUCGCGCACCCUGCUCGACUACUUCGAGGCCAAGGGCGCGCGCGCGUGCGGCAGCACCGAGAACCCGGCCGAGUACAUGCUCGAGAUUGUCAACAAGACGGUCGCCGGCGACGGCCAAGACUGGCAUGCGACGUGGAAUGCCAGUGCCGAGCGCGUGGCCGUCGAGUCCGAGAUUGAGCGCAUCUACGUCGAGAAGCGCAACGUGUCGAGCGCCGCCGACAAGGAGCCCGACAGCGACAGCGAGUUCGCCAUGCCGUUCAGCACCCAGCUCUGGGAGGUCACCUACCGCAUCUUCCAGCAGUACUGGCGCAUGCCCUCGUAUAUUUUUGCGAAACUGUCGCUCGGCAUUCUCGCCGGUCUGUUUGUCGGCUUCUCCUUCUUCCAGGCCAAGGGCACCCUCGCCGGCACGCAGAGCGUUAUUUUCUCCGUCUUCCAGAUCCUCACCAUCUUCUCGUCGCUCGUCCAGCAGAUCAUGCCGCUCUUUGUGACCCAGCGCUCCCUCUACGAGGUGCGCGAGCGGCCCGGCAAAAUGUACUCGUGGAAGGCGUUCAUCAUUGCCAACAUCGUCGUCGAGUUCCCCUGGCAGAUCCUGACCGGCAUCGUCACCUACGCCUGCUUCUACUACCCAGUGAUUGGUGUCCAGGCCGCGCAGCGCCAGGGCCUUGUUUUGUUGUUCGUCAUCCAGCUCAUGCUCUACGCCAGCUCCUUUGCCACCAUGUGCAUCGCCGCGCUGCCCGACGCCCAAACCGCCGGCGGCAUCGUCACGCUGCUCGUCAUGACCAGUCUUAUUUUCAGCGGUGUCCUGCAGACCCCCGUCGCCCUGCCCGGCUUCUGGAUCUUCAUGUACCGCGUCUCGCCCUUCACCUACUGGGUCUCCGGUGUCAUCUCGACCGCCGUCCAUGACCGGCCCAUUGUGUGCUCCGCGGCCGAGACGUCUAUUUUCAGCCCGCCCAUGGGCUACACCUGCGGCCAGUACCUGGCGCCCUACCUCACCGUGGCCCCCGGCACCCUGCAGAACCCCGACGACACGGCGGACUGCCGCUACUGCCAGAUCUCGGUGGCCGACACCUAUCUUGCCCAGAGCAACAUUUAUUGGAGCACGCGCUGGCGCAACUUUGGCAUCCUUUGGGCCUACAUCCUCUUCAACAUCUUCAUUGCCAUUCUCACCUACUACCUGUUCCGCGUGCGCAGAGUCAGCCUGAGCCUGAGCUCGCUCUCGUCGCUCAAGUUCUGGGGCAAGAAGAAGAAGGCGGCCGAGGCGGUGUAA